GUGUCGCGCGUCGCCGCGGCCGCUCGUCAGCCCGCUGCCAAACCAACUGCGAGCGGAGCGCGACUCCGUCAGUUGACUUAUUCAGUAGCCGCGCGCCCGCCGCCGCGCACAUACGUAACCCUAACUAGCCGUCGCGCGCCUUUCGCCCGCCGCGAUGUCGCGCGUCUACCAGCCCUCCGACCAUGUCGUCGAAAAAUCUCGCCUCUCUUCUUUCGACAAGUACAAAGAGAUGCACAAAAAAUCUCUAGAAGAUCCAGAAACGUUUUGGUCAGAAAUAGCCAACGAAUUCCACUGGCAAACCCCUUACCAACCCGGUAAUUUUCUAUCGUAUAACUUUGAUGUAAAUAAGGGGGACAUUUUCGUAAAAUGGUUAGAGGGUUCCGUGACGAACAUUUGCUUCAACCUGCUGGACCGGAACGUGAGGAACGGGCAUGGGGAGAAGAUUGCAUAUUACUGGGAAGGCAACCACCCGGAUGACUACAGCCGGAUCACGUACCGGAAGCUGAUGGACCUGGUGUGCCAGUUCGCCAACGCGCUACGCGACAGCGGCGUGGGCAAGGGCGAUCGUGUCUCCAUCUACAUGCCUAUGAUCCUCGAGACCGUAGUGUGCAUGCUCGCGUGUGCGCGCAUCGGCGCUGUACAUUCCAUCGUCUUCGCAGGUUUCUCCUCGGAUUCCCUGGCCGAACGUUUGUCAGACUGCAAGGCGAAGGUGCUGGUGACAGCCGACGGAGCGUGGCGCGGGGAGAAGCUGCUCAUCCUUAAGAAUGUCUGUGAUGAGGCUUUGGAGAAGGCCAAGACCAAGUACAACCAUUCCGUCGACCUGUGCAUCGUUGUCGCCCACCUCAACAGGGUCACGGCCUGUGGCAAGCUCCCUGAUGAUGUCAAGACCUUAUACAAAUGGCACGACAGAGACAUCUGGUGGCAUGACCUGGUCGAAGGCCAGUCCAACAUAUGCCCUCCGGAGUGGAUGGAUGCUGAAGAUCCACUAUUCAUGCUUUACACCAGUGGGUCAACGGGCAAGCCGAAGGGCGUUCUCCACACCACGGCGGGAUACCUGUUGUACGCCACGGCGACAUUCCGUUACGUGUUCGACUACCAGGAGAAAGACAUCUACUGGUGCACUGCCGACGUCGGUUGGAUCACCGGACACACCUACGUCGUCUACGCGCCGCUUGCCAACGCCGCCACCUCAGUUAUGUUCGAGGGCACGCCAUUCUUCCCGGACAACGAUCGCUACUGGUCCCUGGUUGACAAAUACAACGUGACGCAGUUCUACACGGCGCCCACAGCCAUCCGUGCCCUCACCAAGUUUGGGGAUGACUACGUCAAGAGGCAUAAUAUGAAGAGCCUGCGAGUGCUGGGCAGCGUGGGCGAGCCUAUCAACCCGGAGGCGUGGCUGUGGUACUACAACCUGGUCGGCAGUGGUCGCUGCUCCAUCGUGGACACCUUCUGGCAGACCGAGACCGGCGGCCACGUGCUCACCAGCCUGCCCGGGGCCACGCCCAUGAAGCCUGGAGCUGCUGGUUUCCCAUUCUUCGGCGUGGAGCCUACCCUGCUGGACGAGAACGGGAAGGUCAUCGAGGGUCCAGGGGAGGGCUACCUGGUAUUCUCGCGGCCCUGGCCCGGCAUCAUGCGCACUCUCUUCGGAGACCACGAGCGAUACCAGAAGGUCUACUUCUCCAAGUUCCCUGGAUACUACUGCACUGGAGAUGGUGCCAGGAGAGACGAGGACGGCUUUCUGUGGGUGACUGGUCGUAUCGACGACAUGCUGAACGUGUCUGGGCACCUGAUGUCCACGUCGGAGGUGGAGAGCGUGCUCACCGAGGAGCCGCGGGUGUCGGAGGCGGCAGUGGUGUCCAAACCGCACCCGAUCAAGGGCGAGUCGCUGUACUGCUUCGUAUCGCUGAACGACGGCGCCAAGUUCGACGCAAGCCUCGUGGACGCGCUCAAGAAGCUGGUCCGCUCCAGGAUCGGCGCGUUCGCGGCACCCGACGUCAUCCAGUACGCGCCCGGCCUGCCCAAGACGCGCUCCGGCAAGAUCAUGCGCCGGAUACUGCGCAAGGUGGCGCUCGGCGACACCGACAUCGGCGACACCUCCACCCUCGCUGACCCCGCCGUCGUCGACGACCUCUUCAAGAACCGACCCAAGUAAACAUCUCCACACUACCAGCCGCAGCCAUGAGUUAGUCCCUAAUUUGCUCUAUUUAUUUCUUCAUAUCAUCACAUCCACCUACUGCCAGCCCGUCCGCUUAGUAUUGUGCUCCUGACUGAUUGUUAUAGCUGCAGACUAGGAAUAUAGUCACAAAAUAUAAACUAGUCUCUACAAAAGUAAAGGUAGGAUAUACUUACUUAAAAAUAUUUUACUUUGUACCUCAAUGAUGGUUGUAUUACAAAGUACGCGGUGACGUAAAUAAUGUGAGGAACAUUGUGUAGCAAUUAGCAUUUGUUUGUGAUCAUUCCAUUUUAAUAAGUGCUCAUGGUAAAAGCUGAAUUAGAAAAUUGGCUUAUUUCCGUAUGCUUCGUGUACAAUUGUUACGUAUAUAAGUUUAUCUAUAAGGGUAUUUAUUCAUUAUAUAUAUAUUAUCUCAAAUUAGGUAUUGAAAUUGCCCAAAGGCAUUAAGUUAGGUAAUAUGGUAUCCAAAGCUCCAUAAAUUAUAUGUUUUAUUUAUUUGAAAGACAUUGGCCAAUAUUACGGAUGUUUAUUUAAAUAAAGGACAAAUUAAACCUUUCCCGGACAGAGACCAUGGGACAUUGAUGGUUCAUGAUAGGUAGACACCUUGGAAUCGGAACGUCCGUAGACGUUCUGUCCUUGAAAGUGUUAAAUGAUGGACUUUUGGGUCAUUCAACGAGGAUAUGAUAUUGUCUCUUGUAAAAUGUUUACAUCUAAGAAACAGUACCUACUUAUACCUUAUGUUCGGUAUGGUCUCGCCAAAAGAUGAAACCAAGUGAAAAGCACUUAUGACGAUUGUAUUAUUAUACUAUACACGGUGUUAGUGACAUCGUAACGGAAACUUUGAGGUAUGAUUCAGGCCAUGAUUAUUAGUUGAUAUCAAGUGAAAUUUUCCGUCGCAAAAGUAUAGAAUUUUAAAUAAUUUUAAAACACAAAAAAUUACAUGUAUUUGCGACGGAAAAAUCCACUUGGAUCAUCCCCCUCGGUAUUCGUUACGAUGUCACUAACACCCUGUAUAUGUACGUGACUUAUGGUGGGCAUAAUAAUUACUUAGAAUUAGUCCAGUUGUCCGUUUUUGUUGCGCAGGACCGGUGUGCGAGCACUUAAAAUAUAGUAAUUAGUGACCAAUGUCGCCAUUCCUUAUGAUAGAUACCUUAUUUUGUAGAUGAUUGUGUUGAAGGGACCUGUGUCAUCCUUAUUUAUUUCUGAAGUGUGUGAAGAGACGGAGAAUUACAUAGUAUAACUGUGUACCUAUUUUUAUUAUUUCGGGGAUAUUUUUUGUAUGUCGUAUACAAUGAAUGAAUGAUAUAAUGACAUGCUUAUAAUAAUGUAAUGGGCGAGUCAUAAAUGUUCCCAUGAAAUGGAUUUCGAUUUUUAUUGAUAUUGUAUUAGUUAGUUACUUUUAAUGAAAGCAUAAAGUAUGGUUCAUAGUUUGCUUGUUGCGCGUCAGUGGUGGUGUUACAACGAAGUAAAUCUUGUAUCAACAUUAUUGGCAUCACUGAAAUACAUGUAGUGUUGUAGCCGCGUUUGAUUAUAAUGUUGUGUUGCGCAACCUAGCUGUAGCUGUGAGUCUGGCAAAAAAAAGUAGAAACUGGUGUUUAUGAACUAAGUACUAGGAAUAUAAUUAAGUAUAUUCAGUCAUAUAAAUAUUAUAGAACAGUGUCCAGAGCCCACAGUGGGUGGCGUGGUCUCGGAUCGCGCACUAAGCCCGGCGUUCCCCGCGUGCCUUCAUUUGCUGAAAUAUAAAUUAUUAUAUUAUCUGUGUGCCACGCUACGAUAAACAUGCGUAUGUCCAUCGUAUCAAGGUUAAGUUGAAAUGUAUGGGGUUCUGUACUGUUGAGAUUUCCACACAUUUUUUACACUCGAUACGGCGGGAAUACGCAAGUCUUUCGUACUACCACUGUUUCUGCUGGGCAUGCCAGUAACCAAGUGCAGUGCACUUGUGAGGACUGUGUAACUUAUAAUUCACUUUAUUUUUUUAAUUAUUAGUAAUGUAAGUAAGUAUUAUGUUUGGCCGCAAACAUUUGUCUAUCCGUUGGGGUUCAAUAACAACCAGUGUUGCUAAAGGCAAACAGCGCCGUUGUUUUAAUUCUACUCUUUUUUGCCAAACUGUAUUUCAUUGUGUUUAAAAUAUAUUGGUUGUGGUUUUA